AUGCCACCACGACUCCCCUCGUGCGCUGUGCGCACCCAAUCCCCGUGGUCCAUUCUCCGCGCAUUCUCAUCCACACCAGCAAUCGCAUCUCCUCCCCGCGAGGCUCCUCACCCCCCUCACGCUUCUCGACCCCCGACACCCUCCUCCAGCAGCAACCUCCUCUCCAUCAGCAACGACCGACACAAGCGCGCCCCCCCUACUCGCAACAUGCGCCCCGGCGAAGCGGCCGCCAAGAUGAUGAAGAGCUACACCGACAAGCAGAACCGGAGCAGACUCGAGUCCAUCGAGGCGCUGAGGAACUCCAAAAACUCGGCCGACUACCUGAAGCAGAUGCCGAGGAGGUGGGAAUCUGGCGAUGUGUACUCGCCGCAUGAUCUGAGUCCCGUGGAGAUGCAGAAGUGGCGAAAGAGGUCACCGAGGAGUAGUGAUAUUGUUGAUGCGUUGGGAAUUCGGCCAUUGGAUAUGUACAAGAAUUUUUCUCUUAUUCAGGAAUUUACCACCUCUUCGGGGCAGAUUGUUCACUCUGCUGGGACGAGGUUGCGGCCAGUCAACCAGCGCAAGGUUGCCAAGAUGAUUCGUCGGGUUCAGGGGAUGGGCAUCUAUCCUACGAUUCAUGAUCAUCCUGAGAUGAUUCGGGAUUCUUUCUUCCCCGAAAGGAGAUGA